UUCAUUACUGGGACUAUUUUACAUAUAUAGUACUGUAUGGCACUUAAAAGGUAUUUCUGCACUGUAUUAACAAACACUUUAUUUAGCAUUCGCACUUUAAGCAGAGAUUUGCACAGCAAUAAGUUUGCACACAAGAAGUUUUAAUUAUAUUUAUUGAGCAUUUUGGCGAUUGGUAUGUGGCCUUUGUUUUGGGCUCUGCACAGCUGCUCCUCAUUGAUGAGUGAGGUUGGUUGCUGGUGCCUGUGGAGGAGCAUAAUGAUUACCACAGAGCAAUGAGCUAAUGGUGAGGAAAAACUAAGCAAAUGUGUGCAUACUCUGUUGAGUGAGGAGUGCUGUGGUAAAGUGACUCACCUGUCUUUUCUGUGUCCUCUCCAGGGUGUUUGGACAAAUUCUACCCCGGGGGUCCAGACGCCAUAUAUAGCUUUGGGAGAGGCCAUUGAGGAGACUAGGGGGGAAUUGUUGUUUUUUUUUGUGGUGUUUAUUUAAGGUGUAAUGAUAAAAUGGAAAAAUAUUUAUAAAAAGUAAAUAGAAGUAUGGUAUUUAAUAAAAUGUAUUUUAUGUAAAUUGGUGGAGAUUGAUUAAGAGAUUCCCCUGUCAAUUUAAUAUGGUUUGGUCCGUCACAGCUGGGACUAUUUAAGACUGCAGUGUCAGCUGUGAAGGACAGUGUUGUGUGGAUGCUGAGUGGAAAAAUAAACUGCUGCUGUUCUCCACCUGACUCUGGUUCAAGACUCUGUCUCACUGAACAAAAACCCAACCGCUCAAGGUCGUCCAUGUGACAAGUGGUGUCAGGAGUGGGAUGUUCAUGCCAGAGAAGAUGAUGACCAGAGGAGGAAAAAAGCCAGCCCAAGAGGGAGAGCCUGAGGAAGGAGCUGGAGCUUCCUCUGAAAUGGAGACAAUGGCAACAACCAACCCUGAAGAUAAGUUGGAGGAACUGGCGGUGAUGGUGAAAUCUAUGAUGCGGUCUCAAGUGGCUAGAGACCUGAAGAUUGAUAAAGAUUUUUCCCGCCAGGAGCAGAGGUGGAAAAGCAUACAGCAUCAAUUCCAACAAAUGCAGCUUCAAGUGCAUGCUGUACUUGGAAAAUCUGAUGUAUCAGAAGCACAUCUUCAACCCACGACAUCUGAAGCACCUACAGAAGAAUCAGAUGGUGGUGAUGUCCAGCUGGCUCGUGGUUCCAGGACCAUAAUUGAACCAAAGUUUCUUCCCUUAUCCACGGAUGAUGACAUUGAGCAUUUCCUGACGACGUUCGAGAGGAUGGCCCAGGUGUGUCGCUGGGCUAGAGAUGAGUGGGCGGUUCGUCUGGUCCCUUUGUUGACCGGUAAGGCCCGCACAGCCUAUGUUCUAAUGGAUAUGGCUGACUCUGAGGACUAUGAAAAAGUGAAAGAGGCAAUUCUGGCAAAAUAUGAAAUCACUGCUGAUACGUAUCGACGCCGCUUCAGAUGCCUGAAGAUUGAAGCAGAAAUAUCCGAGCAGAUAAUUCUGGAGCAGUUUUUAAGAAUGGUUAAUCCAGAGUUGGAGAUCUGGAUCCGUGAGCGCGACCCGAAGACGGCAAAAGAAGCAGCUACUCUUGCAGAGGUCUUCACGUCAGCCAGGAAGGGGAGCAAGAGCACCUAUUUUGGCCGAGAGACUCACUAUGCCCCAUCAAGUAAGUCCACUGGGGGUGAACAGGGCUCUGGUCAAAGUCAGGCUAGAAAUUUUUCUAGUUCAAAGCAGCUCCCUUCUCAAAGACCUCCUAAUGUAAAAAAGUCAUUUCACAAGUCUUCUGCGCAAGAUAUUAGAUGUUACAAUUGUAAUGGCUUUGGCCAUACGCAACAUUUUUGCCCCGCCCUUAAAUCAAAGCCAUCACUUUUGUGUUCAGUGCCAAGACCAGCUAUUGAGGCUGUGCAAAAGAAGGUUUGUACAGUUUCUGUUCUAGUGAAUGGGCAAAAAGAAGAAGCUUUGCUUGAUUCUGGGUGCUUCCAGUCUCUAGUGCAUGCUAGCUUAAUCUCUGAAGAAAAGCUAAGUGGGGUGGGGGUUAAGAUAAAAUGUGUACAUGGAGAUGAACAUGUCUACCCAAGUGCUGAGGUGUAUUUGACAGUGGGAGGUCAAACAUACUUGGUACAUGUAGCUGUAGUUCCCUCUUUGCCGUACUCCGUUAUACUUGGUAAUGAUAUCCCCACUCUUUUUGACCUUAUUCACCAGUCAGAAUAUGAACCCAAAGGGCUUACCAACAGAGAGGCCCAGGAUUUAUGCCCAAAAUCUGAUAUACCAGUAGAAUCACUGAAACCUUGUAAUAUAGUCACAAGAGCUCAAAGUGCAAAGACUGUGUUGGAAGAGCUGCCUUUUUAUGGGGAGUCUCUGGAAAUAGAGCCGGGAAAAACUAAAAAGUCAAGAGCUCAGAAAAGAAUGGAGAAAUUCAAAGGCUCAGGUGAUGAAGGGAUAGGACAGUUGUCUAAGCCAAAUAACUUGUUGGAGUUUGACAUUCCCUCAGAUGUAGGUGCACUCCAGAGAGAUGAUCCUACUUUAAAACCGUGGUUUGAAAAAGUAACUGGGGGGGGAACUCAUCAGCGCCGGUUAGACUUCGUGGAAGAUGCAGUUUACAUUAUUAAAGGAGGCAUUUUGUAUCAGAAGAAGGGACAGGGUGACGCAUUAGCCCUUCCACAACAGUUCAGGUACAAAGUCAUGGAGCUGGGCCACUCAAUUCCAUGGGCAGGUCAUAUGGCUUUUCAUAAGACGCUGAGUAGAAUCAGUAGCCGUUUUGUCUGGCCGGGAAUGUAUACCCAGAUUUCAAAAUUUUGUAGUUCCUGUGGAAAAUGUCAGUUGACUUCUGGCAGACGAGUAACCCGAGCCCACCUACAGCCGCUGCCAAUUAUUGAGACACCGUUUGAGAGGCUAGGCAUGGAUAUUGUGGGUCCAUUAGAGAGGAGCUCUACAGGUUGCCGUUACAUAUUGGUGAUAUGUGACUAUGCGACACGGUACCCUGAGGCUUUUCCUCUCAGAUCCAUUAAAGCCCGACAUGUUGCUAACUGUCUUCUGCAGUUGUUCUCUAGAGUAGGAAUACCAAGAGAAAUUCUCACAGAUUGUGGAACAAAUUUUUUGUCCAAACUUUUGCAGCAGGUUUAUAAAUUAUUAGGGAUUAAAGGACUUAAGACCACCCCUUACCACCCCCAGACGGACGGGUUAGUGGAAAGAUAUAAUCAGACUCUUAAAAAUAUGCUGCGCAAGUUUGUCUCUGACACAGGUGCCGACUGGGACCAAUGGCUGCCGUACCUGUUAUUUGCUUACCGGGAGGUUCCACAAGUGUCUACAGGUUUUUCACCCUUUGAGUUAUUGUAUGGCCGCCAAGUGAGAGGUCCGCUGGAUCUACUGAAGGACUGUUGGGAAGACGCUAAGCCAGAGGGUGAAAACAUUGCAGCAUACGUCAUUAACAUGAGAGAGCGGUUGCAGGAAAUGGCAUCUUUUGCACAGGACAACCUGAAAGCAGCUCAACAACAUCAAAAGACAUGGUACGAUCAGAAGGCCAGAGACAGAGUCUUCUUGCCAGGACAGAAGGUUCUGUUACUGUUGCCUACCAGUGACAACAAGCUGCUGACAAAAUGGCAUGGACCAUAUGAAAUCACCAAACAAGUGAGUAAAGUGGUUUAUGAACUGUACAUGCCGGAAAGAGCUAAAAAGCAUCAGACUUUUCAUGUCAACUUGUUGAAAGAGUUUCGCAGCCGACAAGAGCCUGUGCACCAGGAGUUAUUUGUGAGAGCAGUUAAGGAUGAGGAAGGAGACAAGAUAUUCAACAGUGGAAAAGGAGUGUUUGGCCAUGAAAUGGGCUAUCGAGGCUCUAAGUGGUUGAGACAAAUGAGGGAUGCCAACGCCCGCAUCGCUGGAUGGUACUUGGCACUGCAGCCAUUUGAUUUCACGGUGCAGUACAAGCCAGGGAAGGCUAAUGUGGUUGCUGACUGUUUAUCCAGAAUGUCGGAGGACUGA